AUGGCCUGCCAUGACAAUGAGGAGGCCAUCUUUGACUACCGGCCCCUCUUGCGUCGCGCCGUGAGUAAAGUAGCCAGCCAGCCCCCUGAUGGGAACGAGGCGCCCGACUUGGACUCGGGUAUCUGCUUCCAUGCCAUCGACGAUGCCGAAGCCUUCUCCAGGUACGGCCCCGGAGGCUACCACCCCGUGGUUGUCGGCGACCGGCUCGACGGACGGUACCGCAUACUCAAUAAGCUCGGCCACGGCAGCUAUUCCACUGUCUGGCUUGCCCGUGACGAGACACUCCAGCGCCUUGUCGCCGUCAAGGUCUGCACCGCUGAUGCGCGCCCGCGUGAGUCUGAGAUUCUUCACAUCUUAAACAACUUCUCCGAAGCAGACGGCAGCAACGUCUCAGGUCCGAGGAUGUUGCCCACCCUCCUCAGCACGUUUCGCGUUGAUGGGCCCAACGGCACUCAUACGUGCCUGGUUACCGAAGUGACGCGAUGCAGCGUCGUCGAGGCAAAACGUAGAAGCACCUCUGCACCGCUCAUGCUGCCUGUUGCGCGUGCCAUCGCCGCGCAGCUAAUUCUUGCCGUCGACUACCUACACCAAAACGGAUUCGUCCACGGAGACCUCCAUCUUGGCAAUGUGCUACUAAAACUCCCGCGGGAAUCUCAUUUCUGGUCCGACGAGGAGCUGCUGCUGCAGUGUGGAGAGCCGGAACUAGAGCCGGUUCAGACAUUUGACGACCAGCCGAUCCCAUCCGGCGUCCCUUCUGUCGCUACUCUACCCAUCUGGUUCCCCAUGGGAGAAACCAACGAGCUCACGCUGUCGGACGCCCCCAUCGUGCUUGCCGACUUUGGCGAGUCGUACCGUGCGUCUCAAGAAUCCAAGUUUACGUGCUGCACGCCAGCGCACUGUCGCCCGCCCGAGUCCAGGUUUGAGCCGACGACACCCAAGUCCUUCUCCAGCGACAUCUGGACCCUCGCCUGCGCUGUCUGGGCCACCCUCGCCCAGCGGCCCUUGUUCGACGUCUUCUGGUGCACCGAAGACACGGCGACGUGGAUGCAGGUCCAAACUCUGGGCAAGUUGCCCGACGAGUGGUGGGAGAAGUGGGAUGCGCGCGUAAACGACUUUGCCGAGGACGGCCAGCCGCUCCGCCGCGACGACAGCCCCGUCUAUACCUUUGACUACCAAUUCGAGGAUGCCAUGCAGGGGGGACGCAGAAGAUAUGAAAUGGAGACGAUGGGUUCCGCAGAAAAGGAGGCGCUACUCGGCAUGCUGCGGCCGAUGCUGGCAUACAAGCCCGAGCAGCGCUGCAGCGUCCGGGAUGUUGUUGCUUCUGAGUGGAUGACCAAGUAUGCGAUGCCCGAGUACGAGAGGAUGCGUGCUCUAGAGAAAAAACAUCUAAACUAUCCAGACUAG